GUGGUUCUUUGCUCCGGGAACAAAACAUCGACUAACUAACUUCCAACAAUGGCUGCUUCCACCGCCAUAACCGCCGUCGCACACGCAGCAUCUCAUCCAAUCCCUCCACGAACCGCUUUCGCUAUCUCUCCUCGGAGACUCUCUUCGCUCUCUCAAUCGAAAAAACCGAACCUCAGCCAUCUACAGCGACGGAGAGCCAAUGCACACUCUCCGAGGCGCGUCGUGAUACGCGCCGCCAGAAUCGAGUCAGGCGGAGUCAAGUUAGGAGCUAGGGCUCCGGAUUUCGAGCUUCCGGAGCCGCUCACUGGGAAUGUAUGGAGAUUAGAUGAUUUUGAGCUGUAUCCGUGUCUACUGGUUAUGUUUAUCUGUAAUCAUUGCCCGUUUGUGAUUCACUUGAAGAAAGACAUUGUAAAGCUCUCCAAUUUCUAUAUGAAGAAAGGUCUUGCUGUUGUUGCAAUAUCUUCGAAUUCUGUAGUAACACAUCCUCAGGAUGGGCCAGAGUUAAUGGCAGAAGAUGCAAAAAUGUUCAAAUACCCAUUUCCUUACUUAUAUGAUGAAUCACAAGAGGUUGCAAAGGAGUUUGGAGCUGUCUGUACCCCUGAGUUUUUCUUAUAUAAGAAGGAUGGUCGUAGGCCAUUUGAACUGGUUUAUCACGGCCAGUUUGAUGAUUCUCGGCCUAGCAAUAACACUCCAGUAACUGGGAGGGAUCUAAGCCUCGCUAUUGAUCUUGCACUUAGCUGUCAACCAAUACCAACGAAUCAAAAGCCAAGUGUUGGUUGCAGCAUAAAGUGGCAUCCAGGAACAGAAUCGUGAGCAUUGUCGUCAAAAUAACGUAUAUAGAAAGUGUAAGUUGUAUCCCAUUAUUCAAGAGAAAUAUACAGUAAAUCUGCGCCACGGAUCCUAUAUCGUGGGAUCAUCGUUCAUGUGUGAUAUAAAUUCAUGAACAAUAUAAGAAUCGAGUUUUAGUGUGUAAACUAGUAUACGUUUUCAGUAUAUAUAUAUAAAUUUGAAAGUA